AUGCACCGAUCUAGCAGUCAUUCCUACCAAUCCACUGGCUCAAGAGCCUCGUCAAGUCAUGCCAGCAGUAGCGCGUUCAGUCCAAAUGCCAACCCAAACGAAGACUGGACAAAGAUAUCAGAUCUUGCUGAGCGACGCCGUAUUCAGAAUCGAAUUGCCCAGCGCAAUUAUCGUAAGAAGCUCAAGCGCCGCCUCGAGGACCUCGAAAAGAGGGCUGCUUCGGCAUCAGAAUCUCCAGAACGGUCCAACGAGAACGAGAUAACCGAAGCGCCAAAGACUGCGCAUCCCGCCAAAUCUCGCGCAAAAAAUCCUCGCACUUCUAAACCGAACUCGGAUGCUGCUAGGCGGACAGCAACAGAAAGGGUCCCAACCUAUGAGGGUUAUGCAGCUCAGGAAGACCGGGUGACGAUGUUCUCUCAGCAAUGCACGCGCCAGCUCACCGCAUCACCCCCGCCUGUGUACUCCUAUACCUCGUAUUCCCAGCUGGAACCUUAUGGACAGUCCGCAUAUGGACAGCCACACCCCUACCAUUCUAUCCCGAAUGCCUACAACGACAUGUCGUUUCAGGGAGAGUAUGGAACGUCAGUGCCAUCGAUUCUCCCCGUCACGAUGACUACGACAGGGCCCGUCAAGAGGCCGCAUGCCUACGCGGAUGAAGAAAUUGUCAGCCCGUUUAGUAUGAGUUACGCGUCUAUGGCUGGUAUCGAUUUGUGUCCGAGUUCUCACCAUCUUUCGGAUUCCAAUAUCCCUAUGCCGCCGUUGUCGCACGUGUGCAGCGAUGAUCAUUCCUCUCCAUCGACGCCUGCGGAGCCUUCCAAUCUGGCAUGCCCCCUUACCCCCGAGUCGGACUCGUGCUCUCCUCACUCGUACCCUCUGUUUUAA